GUGAGUAACUGGGAGCCGCGACCGAGGACCCACUCAGUCACCACGAGAUCGGCAAGCCGAAUGGUCAACCGCAUCGGUUCUCCCGCUCGGAAGUCGCAGCACAGGCCCCGGAGGGCCCCGUAACAGGGACACCUUGCUAUUUCGAAUGUCAACUAACGCGGCUCCUCGCCUAAUUCGCGGACGCGCGUCAUUCGAACAGUGGUGUUGUCGUCGACAGUGGAGCUCGAGGGGCUGAAACAAUCGAAUCGUUCCCCGGGACCGGCCGAAGGGGACUCGCAGGCUCGCUCGCACGAUGUGGAGAUUCCUGGUGCGCUGUUACGUCACGUUGACAUCGAUCUGAGAGAGAGAGAGAGAGAGAAAGAGAGAGAAUUUUCCGGCCGGGCCUUGUUCGACGUCCGUCGCUUUCGACCCGCGGUGCUCGAGAACGAGAUCGCCGCCGAUUCCUGGAGACCCGAGGGGACCGGACGACGCCACCAGGAAAAUCUCCGAUCAUUUUUCGCGAACUGAAAGUGCGCGAGUGGAUGCGAGAGCGAGCGGAAUCGACGGCAGACGCCGAGGACUCUCCUGCAGGAGUACGAGGAAGAGAUGAUCUUCGAGCUGCUGGUGGCCGGAGCUUUCGCCCUCGCCACACUAAGGCGAUUCGGUGGCACAGACGGUUACUUUGACGAGUCUCGCGCUUUUCCUGAGUUCGAGCCUGAACACGGUGUCGUGCGCACCCGUUCUGAACCAGCUCGUAACCAGCUCGAACACCAUGAACCGGUGGGAGCAGCCCUGCGGUAAUCCGGUGCCGAUCCAGUUCAGGAACAUGCCGCAACGGCACAGCGUGCACAGGACCCUGAAGAGGGUGCGCACCCAGCUCCGGGUCGCCCAGAAUCACUUCAAGAUGCAUCUGAAGGAUGUGCACGACAUAUAUUCGAAGGUGUACAAAGUGCUGAAAGAGCAGUACAAAAUGUCCUGGCUUCCCGAAAAGGAGUUCGAGUGGUAUUGGAACGAAGUUUGGUGUCUCGACAAGGAAAAGAAAGCGAACCGCACGCUUCCGCAUCUUCACGACUCGUUGCAAAGGUUCGCAAUUACGUUCGACCAUCUCACGGCUUUCCGCCUGAAAUCGAACAUUAACGUUGAUCUUACCAUGGGCACAAGAAACAAGAUCAUUAUGCAGAUGUUCAACGAGAUCCUCAAGGUGUUGUGCGAAGUGGAGACAGCCAUCUCGAACUUAGGAAUAAAGACGUCCACGUCCCACACCGAGAGGAUGGUCACGGAGAGCUCGAACUGGGCGAAAGAGGGCGACCUGACGCUGAUGCUGAUCCAGGAUUGGGGCGUGAUCAGGCUGUACCAGAGAUUCCUGAAGGCCUGGACGAAAGCGUUUCGGGACGCGACCGCGAAGGUGAACGGACCGGGCACCUGCCCGGACAAGCAGAGCCACGGGCCGAAAGUGAUCCACAAGGGUCCCGGGUCGAAGGGUAAAAAGAUGACGAAGAUCAAGAAGCAGAACAGGCCGGUUCGGAGGCGCACGAUGGCCGCCGGCCAGAACAGUUCCUUGCCGCAGGGAUCGAAGAAGGAUCUCCCGAGGAACAGACGGCUGAGGAACAAGCAAAAGCUGCUGGAAGCGUCAUGAAACCGGCGCGACGAUCUUUUCAAUUUAUUAACGAAUUAAUUUAACAGGCAACCUCGACGCGUACGACUCUCUUUCGUUUCCCAUGGAUCUGAAUUUCGCGGAGCGGCGAGCCCUUCGUCGCGCGGGGCGAACGACGAUUAGCACCGUUGUUUGGUUCGCCGAUCUUAUCGAUCACGUUCGAUCAUGGUACUUUCGUUGUCCUCCCCCUAAAGGAGAAGCUUCCGAUUCGCAUUCGUCGCCGGGAACUGGUCGAACGACGAUCUUCGGGUCGAAGCGCGAAGGUCGCGUUCGCCCGCUUCUCCGGACGCUUCCCCGAGAAAAGCUCCCCGCACUUUGUAUUAUCACUGGCAGAUUUCUAUUUAUUUUCGUCGCCCCAUUGAUUCGCAACAUGCUUUCUCUCCCAUAUUCUUGCCAGUUCGUUCCGACGCGCGUUGUCUGUUCGAAGAGAGAGGCGGUCGUAUUCGAAACCGGCGCGUUGGCUUCCGUCGAUCGGCGCGUUCGACGCAUACUGCGGCCCACGAAUGUGUUCGCGCAUCUUCUGAAAUGUAGGAACUUUUUUCAAACUCGAGUAAAUGAGUUUUUAGGACGAUAGAGGGACGAUAGACGAUGACUAAAAUGUCUUUUUUAAA